AUGGCAUUUCGAAUCAUCAUCUGUUUCUAUUUGUUCCUUCUUUCUCCUUCCCUUUCUUCUUCUCUCAACCACCCAUUAUGUAAUUCUCAUGAUUCUGUUGCGCUUCUUCAUUUUAAAAACUCUCUCUCUCUUGAUCGUUCUGCUUCAAUGGACUGUGAUGAGUUUGAUGAUGAUACGGCUUCGUGGGGAAAUGAUUCAAACUGCUGCUUGUGGGAUGGGAUCAUGUGUGACUCCUUGUCUGGUCAUGUGAUUGGCCUUGAUCUUAGUUGUAGUUGGCUCCAAGGUCAACUCCAUCCUAACAGUAGCCUCUUCCAACUUUCUCGUCUCCAAACACUCAACUUGGCUUACAACAAUUUUAGUGGGUCUUUGAUAUCAUCUCAUUUUGGUGGUCUUUCCACUCUCAUGCAUCUAAACUUAAGCUACUCUUAUUUUGUUGGUGAAAUUCCCCCUAAAAUUGCAGAAUUGUCUAAGUUGGUCUCUCUUGAUUUGUCUAAUAAUGGAUUUGCCUCAUAUUAUGAACAGUUAAGUUUAAGAUUUGAACCAUCCACUUGGGCGAAGCUGGUUCUAAACAUGAGUGAUCUAAGAGAACUUGUUUUAGAUGAUGUAGAUAUGUCUUCCAUUGCACUAGGCUCCUCGUCUUUGAAGUCGCUUAACAUUUUGAGUCUUGAAGGUUGCAAAUUUGAUGGGCCUAUUCCUGCAAGUUUUGGGAACCUCACUCAAUUAACUGAUUUGAAAAUUGCAGAAAACAAUUUUAGUGGUGAGCUUUCAUUUCUUUCAAAUCUUCAAAGUCUCACUUCAUUGGACCUCAGUGACAAUUAUUUUAGUGGUCUCUUACCAAAUUCCAUAGGCCAUUUGAAGUCUCUUGAUUUUUUGGGUCUUGGGCAUAACCAAUUUGAAGGGCCUAUUCCUUUUCAACUUGUUGCAAGGAAAUCUCCCAAUUCCAUCCUUUGGUGCUGA